CCGCCGCCGCGCCACGGCCCGCGCUGGCGCGACCCCCCGGACCCGCAGCCGGGCCGGCCGACUCGCAGCUGGGGGGCUCCCCAGGGCAUGGGACAGCCGGCGGGGCCCGCGGGCCGGCACUGCGCCCCGGGCGGGCGGAGGGCGGCCUGAGCUGCCGGGACGCAGGAUGCGCUCCGAGGGCGCGGCCCCCGGGCCGGUGGCGCCGCUGUGCGGGGCGCUGAGCCUGGUGCUGGGCGCGCUGCUGGGCAAAGUGAUUGAGGGCCGGGGGAUCACAGACAAUGUGCCGCGGUUCUCUUCUCUGCCCCCCUUCCUGCCUGUGAGCUACCACAUCCUUGGAGCAGAGACCUCCUUCUUCCUGAAGGAGGCCAACCAGGACGUCCUGCGCAACUCCAGCCUGCACACCAGGGUGGAGUCCUUCUUCACCUACAAGGCCGACCGGCCCCCAGUGCUCAACGCCAGCUACGGGCCCUUCUCCAUCGAGCAGGUGGUGCCUCAGGACCUCCUGCUGCCCUCCAGCCCCUUCGGAGCCACCAGCAAGCUCUCCCUCAACUGGAGGCUGAGGGCGCACAUCCUGCGGGACAAGGUGUACCUGAGCCGGCCCCGGGUGCAGGUGCUCUUCCACCUGCUGGGCCGGGACUGGGCGGCACAGAGCCCCGGCGAGCGGCUGCCCUGCCUGCGGCUGUUCGCCUUCCGGGAGACCCGGGAGGUGCGGGCCGGCUGCCGGCUGCAGGGCGCCCUGGGGCUGUGCGUGGCCGAACUGGAGCUGCUGGCCGCCUGGUUCGGGCCCCCCACCGUGGUGGCCGGGAGGAAGCGGGCGCCCGGGCCGCCCGAGGGGAGCCCCGUGGAGCUCUACUACUCCGUGCAGCCGGGGGAUGCGCGCGGGGACUGUGCGGGCGGCGGCGGCGACGUCAGGAAGGGCAACGCCAUCCGGCCCGGGAAGGACGGGCUGGACGAGGCCGUGCCCCACCUGCAGAGGAUCGGCGCCGUCAGCCUCUACCGGGCCCAGGACAGCACCCAGCUCAGCGAGCUGCGUUUGGACAGCAACGUGGUCAUCUGGCUGCCCUCCCGGCCCGUCAAGCAAGGAGAUGUGGUCACCGCCUACGUCACCAUCGCCAGCAACUCCACCGUGGACCUUUUCAUCCUGAGAGCCAAGGUGAAGAAGGGGGUGAACAUCCUGGGCACUCAGACCAGCGAGCCCCGGCAGUGGGAUGUCAAACAGGAGACGGGGAAUGGCGGGAAGCAUGCUACCACCACCGUGCUAUGCCAGCGCCUGGGGUCCAGCACACGUAACAGAAGCAGCAGCCUGUUCAGUGAGGUCAUGCAGAUGAACUUCGAAAUAGCCAGCUUCAGUAGCCUCUCGGGGACUCAGCCCAUCGCCUGGCAGGUGGAAUAUCCACGGAGAGCGACCACCGACACCGCCGUGUCCGAGAUCUUCAUCAGCCAGAAGGACCUGGCUGGCAUCGUUCCUCUAGCCACGGACACGGAAAUUCUGAAUACGGCCAUCCUCACGGGAAAGACAGUGGUCCUGCCCAUCAAGGUGGUCUCUGUGGAGGAGAACAGUGCCGUGAUGGAUAUCUCCGAGUCGGUGGAGUGCAAGUCCACGGACGAGGAUGUCAUCAAGGUGUCUGAAAGAUGUGACUACGUCUUUGUCAAUGGCAAAGAGAUGAAGGGCAAGGUGGAUGCGGUGGUGAACUUCACCUACCAGCACCUGAGUGCCUCCCUGCACAUCACCGUGUGGGUGCCCCGGCUACCCCUACAGAUUGAGGUCUCUGACACAGAGCUGAGCCAGAUCAAAGGCUGGAGGGUCCCCAUUGUGUCCAGUAAGAGGCCCACUCGAGAGAGCGAGGAUGAAGACGAGGAGGAGCGGCGGGGCCGAGGCUGUGCCCUGCAGUACCAGCACGCCACAGUGCGGGUCCUCACCCAGUUCGUGUCGGAGGGCGCUGGCCCGUGGGGCCAGCCGAGCCACCUUCUCAGUCCCGACUGGCAAGUCGACAUCACCCACCUGGUUGCAGACUUCAUGAAGCUGGAGGAACCUCACGUGGCCACACUCCAGGACAGCAGGAUCCUGGUCGGGCGGGAGGUCGGGAUGACCACCAUCCAGGUGUUGUCUCCGCUCUCUGACUCCAUCCUGGCAGAGAAGACGGUGACCGUGUUAGAUGACAAGGUAUCGGUGACAGACUUGGCCAUCCAGCUCGUGGCUGGGCUGUCUGUCACCCUCCACCCCAGCACGGAGAACAGCAAGGCCAUCACCGCUGUGGCCACAGCUGAGGAGCUGCUGCGGACCCCCAAACAGGAGGCCGUGGUCAGCACUUGGCUCCAGCUCAGCGACGGCUCCGCUACCCCCCUGGACAUCUACGACACCAAGGACUUCACCCUGACCGCCACCUCCCUGGACGAGGCCGUCGUGUCCACCCCCCAGGCCCGCUCUCCCAGGUGGCCGGUGGUGAUGGCCGAAGGGGAAGGCCAGGGGCCGCUGGUGCGAGUGGACAUGUCCAUCGCCGAGGCCUGCCAGAAGUCCAAGCGCAAGAGCGUCCUGGCCGUGGGUGUGGGCAGCGUCAGGGUCAAGUUUGGCCAGGGCAACGCCGACCCCAGCCGCGGCGCGGACGGCGACGGCGACGGCGGCGAGAUCAAGAACCACGCCAGCGACCGCCGGCAGAAGAGCCAGGAGCCCGAGGGGCACCUCCAAGGAGCCCCGGGGGAGCGCGAGGACGGCGCCCGGCAGAGAGGCGACAGCACGGCCAGGCCGCUCCUGGACAACAGGGUGGUGAAGAGCGGCCGGCCGGACGCGGGCAGGCCGUCCGGGGCGGACCAGCUGCAGAACAUCCCCCUGGACUUCGCCAACUUCCCGGCGCAGGUGGAGCUGCCCCGGGCGGAGGGCGGCCUGGGGGCCGGCGACCUGGUGCAGACGCCCCGGGGCCUGAGCGACCUGGAGAUCGGCAUGUACGCCCUGCUCUGCGUCUUCUGCUUGGCCAUCCUCGUCUUCCUCAUCAACUGCGCCACCUUCGCCCUCAGGUACCGCCACAAGCAGGUGCCCCUGGAAGGCCAGGCCUCUGUGACCCACUCGCACGACUGGGUGUGGCUGGGCAACGAGGCGGAGCUCCUGGAGCACGCGGGCGAGGGGUCGCCCCCGCAGGACGAGCACACGACUGUCCUGGACCGCGGGCCGGGCGGCAGCGACGACGGCAGCCGGCUGCUGCUCAACGGCGGCGCCCGGCAGCACGUGCAGGGCCAGGUGCACCGGGCGGGCUCGGCGGGCAGGCCGGCCAGGGACCCGAAGCCCGAGCCCCUGCAUUCACCCACCUCCAAAAGGAAGAAAGUGAAGUUCACCACCUUCACCACCAUCCCGCCCGACGACGGCUGCCCCACUGUGAACUCCAUCCUGGGGGGCGGCGGCGGUGAGGACAUCAAGUGGGUGUGCCAGGACGUGUCCCCGGGCGCCCCCGAGGAGCUCAGAAACUACCUGGAGAAAUUCGAGGACCCGGCCUAGGCCCCCGCGGGGCCUGGCUCCUCGCUCGGCUCCAGAGUGGGCUGGCCCGGGCGUCGGAGGGUCUGGCGCCGAGCGGGACGCACCGGGGCCGGCGGACCGCGGAGGCCUCCGAGCCGGCAAGGGCUGCGUGCUUCUUUUGCAGCAGCGGGUUUAGCAGCCGGUGACGGCGGAGUUCCCAGUCAGCGGAGCAAACUCCGGCCUGCACCGUCGGAAAGUGAGUUUAUGAGUCAAAAUAGAACAGACAAGCUACCAAAAAUUAUUUGUUAAAAAAAAUGCAAAAAGACAAAUAAAAAGACAGAAGUGAUCAUCUCUUUAUAUUUCUAAUAAAGGAGCAAAAUCUACAGCGAGGGGCUGCUAAGGGACAGGUUCAGUGUUGGCUGGGCGUCCCCUGGGAGGACAGCCUCCAUCCACGCAUCCCCCUGGGUGUGGGGAGAGAGGGCUCAGAGCCCCAGGGCUUCUUGGGGUGGACCUAAGGGUUUUCCAUCUUUACCUGAUAAUCUUCUGAGUUCCCAUGCUGUCUCCCUCACACGCCGUUUUCUUUCUGGUGUCCAAGUCCACUUGAUUUGUAUUUAAUGUUCAUUUCUGAGGAUCAAAUGAUAUAUUUUUCCUAAAUUAAACGUACGUUAUAUUCCUAUAUGUUAGAUGUAUUCUUAGCAACAGUCUCAAUUAACCCAUCCUUAAAGUAGUAGGUUCGAUGCUUUUCUCUAUCCCUCCAUCCUUGAUGUUUGUUGAGGUUUUGCAAUCAGAGGGGAGGAGGCGCUGUCUUGACCUGCCACCCCUGCCACCGCGGGCCCAGGUCCACAGCCAAUGGGUGGGACGCCGCCUGAGGCUGCUCCAAGGGGGCGCAGCCACCUGCAGCCAAGCCCAUGGCUGCACUGCUGGGAAUGCGGGGACACUCCCACAUCAGGGGAGGUCGGGCCCCUUCCACGUGGGAGAGGCCGUACCCGAGACUAAUCUGUGCAAGCUCCUGUGGUUGAUCUGUCACAAGACCUACUGAUACUGAGAAAUGAACCAAGAUAGAAACUGUUGGAGGGUUCCUGAGCUGUUUCUCUUGCUACGUGGGGCGGAGCAUACCAGCAUGAAAGGACAAGAUUUAAAUCUAUGCUAGAUUGUCGACCAACUGUGGUUUUUAACAGCCUAAUUGUGUAGCAGCACAUUGCAAAAUGCAUUCAUCCAAAGUCAAUUAAUUGUACGUGGCGGAGCAGAGUACGUGUUGUGAACAGCGCCUCGGUGACUGCCAUGCUCCGGGCCGUGGGCGCCGGCUCGUCCUGCCCUCCCCGCAGGCGACGCUCGCGGACCUGGACGCCCAUUGUUUUUAUUUUUUUAAUUACUAAAAUCAGUAGCUAAGAAAGGGUCCUUGAAGCCUCGUAACCUUAGCUGGACCUUUUAAAAAGAUAUUUCUAGCACAUAUUAUAGACGGACAGGAGCUAUUUAUUUAUACCUGUGAUGCCAGUUGUCAUUAAAAUGCUUUCCAUGGCUUGACAAGUC